GCCAUGCAGGGGCUCGGCGCUGCCGCUCGCGGGGCCAUGGCUGGAGCCCAGGGGCAGUAGCCACUGCUGGAGAGCCACAUCCAUGGAUGGGCCACGAGCGGGGCAGGAUGCCAUGAAGAACUGCACUGACCAGGAGUACUGGGACACCCUCGUUUCCCAGUGCAUCCCCUGCAGCCUGGCCUGCAGGCAGUCCCUGGCCAGGAAGUGUGAUGCUGUGUGUGAGUCCAUGGACUGCAACAAGAGACCUGGGUUUUACUACGAUGAUCUGGUGAAGAACUGCAUCAAGUGCAGCUCGGUGUGCGGGCAGCACCCCCGGGAAUGCGCCCUGUCCUGCGAGCCCACGCCCGCGGGGCCGGCGGCGGUGCUGGAGCAGAAGGCGUGCGCGGAGCAGGAGCCGUGGCUGGUGCUGUACCUGCUGCUGGGGCUCUGCCUCUGCAGCCUCCUCUGCUCGCUGCUCCUGGGCUGGACCCACCUGCGCAGGAAGGGAGAGAGCUCCUGCCAGCCCAGCGCCGGCACCUGCCACUGCAGGGAGGACCCUGCCAAAGAUGGGCUGGUGGAAGCUGGCAGCGUUGCUGAUGGAUUCACCAGCAUCAGAAUCCCAGAGCCAGUGGAAACCUGUGGCUUCUGCUUCCCUGGACAUGGCUCUGCUGUACAAGAGACCAAAUCCUGCCACAGCAGCUCCUGCCACCCCGGGGAAAGGGCUGCUCCCUCCUUCUCUGGAAUCUGCAGCACGGGGAGCGCCGGGGCCCUUCCCAGCCCCGAGGACGGCCACUUCAAAAUCAUCUGUUCCCCUGCCCAGGAGAAGACACCCAUGGUGUGACAGAGGGUGUUCCAGCACGGGAUCACAAUGGAGAGCUGCUCUCUGCCCCCAAACCAAAGCUGCUUCACCCCCUGCUGCCUGGAACAGCCUCCACCCAGCCCGGGCUGUGCCAAGGGCUGUAGGACACAGACAGGGCUGGAGGCUGCUCAGAGCUGUUUGCUUCCACUCAGGAAACCAAAUUCCCAUUAUUCUUGUGAAUUCCCAGUGAAAGAAGUCAAUUCCAUGUAGCAGCAUCUGACUUCAUCCUCCAGCUUGACCUGGGUGCAUCCCAGCCAUUGGAGACAUCUCAUGGGGACUUUUCAUCCUGGAUCCACCAGCAGCAUCCCUGCAAAGGAUCCCUGCUCUCCCCAUGGAGAGCUCUCCUCUCCCUGCCUGGAGAUUCCUUCACGAAUCAGAACAAUUUUCAGCACAGCUGUAAACGUCUCAAACGUGGAAUUGGAUCCAAGGAUUUACGGGUGAAAUUGAUAAGGAGCCAGUGUGGGAAGCUGCACUGCCAGUUUCCAGCACUGCCAGGGCUGAUGGUGAGGCUUUGCCUCAGGACCAGGACACGAUGCUGCACAUGAGGAGCUGGGACAGCCACCAAAACCCUCAAUGGAACUGGGUUUCAAUAUGAAAAUUCAUCCAAGGCUGAGAUCUUUCUACAAAACUGGAUUUACAUAUAUCUGACCUGGGUUAUUCUGAGGAGCUGGUAGAAGUGAGGAAUCAGCUGGAGAUAAAGCUGCUUUGAGAGAAUAUUUUUAUCUAACCUGGCUUUGAAAGCCAUCAUGGAAAAAUACGGGUUUCAAUGUGUAAUUUGAAGUUCUCAUUUCCACUAAAGGAGACUAUAGGAUUAAUUUUCUUUUUUUUUUGCAAGGAAUCACUCCUGGUAGGAGCUCAUCCCCUCCACUGUCUUAAACUAGAGCUUUAACCUUGAAAGAAUAAAUGUAGUUCCAUAUAUGCACACCUUGGUGCUGGGAAAGCAGACAGCUGGAGAAAACAUAGUUAUAACAGAUUCUACCCCUUCUAUAUCACACUUUCCUCUAAAUGUAAAUACUUCCUUAUCAUUAAAAAAGGCCUCACCUGGGAGGUGGAGCCUCUCAUUCUGGUCACCUCCACAGUCCAGGGCCUCCCACCCUCCAGACCUUCUCUAUGUCCCAGCACACCUGGAGCCCCUCUUGGCCUCCCCUCUCACGGCAGCAGCUUCCCCAGCCUCAGCUCCCUCCUGUGGCAUCUGCUCCAGGGCCCUCUGCUCUCUGCUCUCAGUUCUGUGCCUUCCUGCCCCACAGCCUCCAACACCCCGGCCCCAAAUCCUGUGCCAGGAAUAUCAACCCAAUUCCUCUAGAACUCCAAAAGCCUUUCAGCCCCUGAAAUCACCUUGGCCUCCGUCCUUGCUCAGCCCCCCACCCCUGCUCAGUCAGCUCUCCCUCAUUCUGCACCCUGGCAUGGAUUAAUCUCUCCCUCAGCUUCCCCAGGCUCUCAGUUCCUGUUCCAGCCCAGCCCCUUUCUUGCCCUCCCACCAUCUCUGGCUCUGCCGUUCAUCUCCUGCAUCCUUCAGCCUCCCUUUCCAUUCGUGCUCUGCUCCUGCUCUGUUCUCCUCGGGUUCCUGUUCCUGCUCACACCUCCUAAGCCUCUUGGCUUCUCCUCACCCCUCGCUCCUGCUGCCUCUGCCCUCCUGCAGCACCACAUCCCCCCCUCAGCUGGGUCCCCCAGCACUGCCAGCCCCACAUCUCCUCCUCCUCGGGGUUUCCCUUCCCGGACUCUGCAGGGAGAAUCCCAGGAUGGUUUGGGUUGGGACGAAUCUUAAAGAUUAUCACAUUCCACCCCUGCCAUGGCAGAGACACCUUCCACCAUCCCAGGGUGCU